CAAUGGCGACGAUGACGAUGCAGCUGAGUGGGCUGACGCUGGCUGUGCUGGGCUGGCUGGGCUCCAUCCUCACCUGUGCGCUGCCCAUGUGGAAGGUGACAGCCUUCAUUGGCUCCAACAUCGUGGUGGCCCAGGUCUUCUGGGAAGGGCUGUGGAUGAACUGCGUGUACGAGAGCACGGGGCAGAUGCAGUGCAAGGCCUACGACUCCCUGCUGGAGCUCACCUCCGAUCUGCAAGCGGCUCGCGCCUUGGUGGUGGCCUCCAUCUUCGUGGCCUCCUUUGCCUUCCUCACCGCCGUCUCGGGGGCGGACUGCACCCGCUGCAUGGAUGACCAGAGCACCAAGACCAGGAUCUCCGUCGUGGCAGGUGUCAUCUUCAUCCUGGCCAGCAUCAUGCUGCUCAUCCCUGUCUCCUGGUCUGCUAACAACAUCGUCAGCAGCUUCUACAACCCCAUGGUGCCCGAGGCCCUCAAGAGAGAGCUGGGGGCUGCCCUCUACAUCGGCUGGGCCUCCAGUGCCCUCCAGCUUUUUGGUGGGGGCAUCCUGUGCUGCUCGGGACCCCCAUUCCAGCAGGACCGCUACCCCAAGAAGUACAGAGCGGUGACAACCUGCAGCCCGAUGAGCUACCCCAUGAAAGACUACGUGUGA